GAGGCGGGGGACAAGUGCUCGGAAAGCUGCUGUCACACACAGGAGCGGUAACUUGCCCUAGCCUGCGCCGCCGGGUGUCUCCGUGUAAUAAACAGUGCCCUAUCCCCUGGCCGCAGCUGUCCUCAGUCCUUUUCCGCCCGCCGAUGCCGGGAGAGAUACACGUAAUGAAUGUGGGUGUAUAUAGCCGGCUCCGGAUGUCCGGGACACAGCGUGCUCCGCUUCCUGAUGCUGAGUCCAGCAGAGCUGCUAUCUGUGCGGAGUCGGGAGAAAAGCCUCCCUCAACGCUCCCAUGGACAGAAAGACUUUCUGCCAGAUGGGUCAGAAGUGCAGAAUGAGAAGCUGCAGACAUGCCGGUCAGAGCAGUGGGAACUGCUGGGAGAGGAUCGUGUGGAGCGUCUGGGAAGCUUGGGAAGAGGAGUGUGGAAGCCAGUGGAAGAAUUGGUGGAACUGACAUUACCCGCGGGUAAAUUUUGGCAAACCAUGGGGUUCACAGACGGAGGUAAGCAGUGUCUGCUACCUGAAGAAGCCGUCUACCUACUGGAGUGUGGAACAAUUCAACUGUUCUACAAGGAUCUGCCACUGUCUGUCCAGGAGGCUUAUGAGAAGUUGCUAUCCCAUGGCACAGUCACUUUACUGCACUAUCAGGUUUAUAGCCAUUUGAAAAGAUUGGGCUACAUUGUUACUCGCUUUACUCCAAGCUUCAUACAGUCGCCAUACGAGAGACAGCUGAAUUUGGAGAGCUGCUUUGUACCUCAUCGGAAACGCAAAAGGAGUUCAAGUCCACGAUCAAAAGUGAAAUUUAAGCCAGAGACACUGGACAACAAUGGCAAAGAAGAUAUUGACUUGACUGUUAGUAAUAGUAGUAGACAUAGCUCAGGAACAAAGAUUUCCUCAUCUUGCCCAAAGCUCACAGCAUGUGUGCCAGAAAGCUGUAAAAGUGAUAGCCAGCCAGAUAAUGACGACAGUCCACUGAGAAUCAGACAAGCAGGUGAUGAAGUACACACAAAAGAUCUUGAGACAUGCAACCAAUUACAAAGUAGAACUUCCCAAACUGCGGAACACACAGUGAGCACUGGUAAAACGAGCACGAGGAGCUCCCGGUGGGACUUCACCAAAAUCCAAUUUCCAAACUGUGCAUCUGAUCAACCCUGCACCCAUCUUCCUGCUCCAGAGCCUGUUUUGCUGCCAGAAAACGUGACCGGUCGCCAGGUGGACAUAUCUCGUUGGUUAGAAAAACUAAACGUGCGUCGGGAGAGGCUGUCCCGAAAAGAGCAAGAGCAACUGGACUGGGAACGCAAGUACAAAAUAAGUAUUAAUGCAGACCCCAAAAUAAAGGAAUGCACCAAUUGGAGGGAAUAUAAGGAACUCCUUUUGGAAAGGGGACGUGAGAGUCACAAGGUGAGACCGACACAUCUUUGGGCAAGUUCUGUCAGCCCACUGUUCAUGCCUGGACACGUGAAAUCUACAGCUUCUGUUUUAGAGCAGAUCACAGAGAUGCGUCAGUCCGCUCUGCUGGGUGCUGGUAAGAGACCCAAGGACAUGCAGAAUUUACCACAAAUUCACUUUAAUUUGUAUCAGGCUGAUGGUACCUCGGAGUUCAAGAAAUCCAAACCAGGCAAACCAUAUGCACGUUUGUGUGUGCGCAGCUUUGAUGAGCAGAUCCCCUCAUUGGGCACUGUGAAACACCUGACCUAUCAGAGUGGUGAUGUCCCAGUCGUGUUUGCUAUAGUGGAUUGCGGAGAAAUAGCCUUUUAUACCUUCAAAGACUUUCAGCUGCCUGUGGAUGUAUACCCCUGAAGAAGACGGCUUGCAAUUUUCUGAGUAUGCGGGCUCCCAUAAAUUAAACAUGCUAUUUGGAUUCAUGCUGUAUAUAUAUUAGUGUUUUUUUAAAUGCAUAUAUGUAGAAUUAAACAAAAUAUAAAUACUG